UCCUUCGCGAGAGGGCACUUCGCACUUCGCAGCCUCCACAGCUCCACUUCCUCCUCCUCGUUCCUCCAGCCUCCACUUCCUCCUCGUUCCUCCAGCCUCCCAAAGAACAGAACACCACCCAGUCACCGCACUCACCGCAGUCACCGCAGUCACCGCACUCACCGCACUCACCACCCAGUUGUCAACUCCAGACUCCAGGAGGCCCUCAACGCAGUCACCGCCAUCGCACUCACGCCCUCACCGCCGUUGCACUCACGCCCUCACCGCCGUCGCACUCACGCCCUCACCGCCGUCGCACUCACGCCCUUAGCCACUUCGCAUGUCACCUCCGUCGAGCUCUGCCUAUGAGAAAGCAGUAGAGAAGCGUUGAAGCGUUGAAGCAUUGUCCUUCAAGCUCUGAGGGAAAGCAACAGAUUUCCUCAUUUCCAGAGACGAAUUCAAGGAGAGAAAUUGUGACUAUAAGCAGGAACGAAUGAAGCCACUUAUAAAGGGAAGCUGAACUGCUGAAGUACGUUCUGAAAACCGGUUCGAUCUGCAAGUAAAAUCGGUAUAAGAACCGGUGUUGAAUCAAAAAGUGAGAAAACCAAUUCAGAACCGGCAACUCAGAUUGACCGAAAACAGGCCGGUUUUCCAGUGAGAGAAAAACGACGUUGUUUUGGAUCUGGAGAAAAGACACUUACGGAUAAACCCUAAUUCUUAAAUGAAAUCCGUUCUCACUCUCCUAGGCCCUAGCAGUGAAGUUCUCCAGCCUCUUUUCCUUCCGGUCGCCGUCGUCGCCUCCUUCCCGCGGUGACAUCCAGUCGCUUCAUUUCCGUUAGGUUUUUGGGUUGUAGUGAUGGUGGAGGAAAGUGGGAGGAGGAAGAGGCCAAACAUUCUGGUGACGGGUACUCCGGGGACGGGGAAGACUACCACAUGUACUGCUCUAGCUGAAGCCACACAGCUUCGCCACAUCAAUGUUGGGGAUUUAGUCAGAGACAAGAACUUACAUGAUGGCUGGGAUGAUGAGCUUGAUUGUUUUGUCCUUAAUGAAGACUUGGUCUGUGAUGAGCUUGAGGAUCAAAUGGAAGAAGGGGGAAAUAUAGUGGAUUAUCAUGGGUGUGAUUUCUUCCCUGAGCGAUGGUUUGAUUGCGUUGUUGUACUUCAAACUGAUAACACCGUGCUGUAUGACCGCUUGAGUAGGAGAGGUUACAAUGAAUCAAAGCUUUCUAACAACAUAGAAUGUGAAAUCUUUCAAGUUCUACUUGAGGAAGCUAAAGAAAGUUACCCAGAGGACAGAGUGGUUGCUAUGAAGAGUGACACUAUUGAAGAUAUUAAUAGAAAUGUUUCAACUUUGACGGAUUGGGUAAGAAAUUGGCAUCCUACAUCCUAAUUCCUAGUCAUAUAAAAAAGGGGAGAAAAUGGAAAAGAAAAGAUAUUAAUUUGUAGAAACUUUCAUGUAACAGUGUGAUAAAAAAGAAAUAUGGAUUAUGGAUAUUUAUGUUGAACUGCUACAUGGAUAUGCAGUGUUGCUGAUUCGUCUUACUCGUGUCAAGUGUUAUGAGUUGGUCUUUUUGGAAGAAAAUACAAAAAAAUACAAUUUAAUAUCCGAAAAAUAGCAGAUUACAACUGUUGUUUCAUUGAGAAAUUUAAGAGUAAGAACUUGCGUGGUAAAUGAUAGUAGUUAUAGCCACGUACCAUUUUUGUAUUGAAUAGUUGCGUUGGUUUUCCAUGGUUAAAGAAAGGCAAAAUUUUUUACA